AUGAACCUGAGAGUGGGAACAUCAAGGGACGCGCCGUUUUCGUCAACUUCACCUUGCGCCGCAUCGGACGCAAAGAUAAGUGGUUCGCUGCCGGGCUUCGGCUCCGAUGCUUUUAACCGAGUUCCGCUAUUCUACGUCUCUACAGACUCCUUUUAUAGGGUUUAUUUCAUUAAAUCGACAGAAGACGCCGAUAAGGAACCGUAUUCAGUGUUCUGCAGCCUGCCCAGUUACAUUGGUUUUCGCAGAUGCUUUCCCAAUGUCAAGCGAAUCAACCUCGAAAUCAGUCCUCGAGCAAGUACAAGCACAGCUGUGUAUGUACCUGUUGACUGGAGCAUCAUCGUCGAUGACCUGCCAGAUGGUGAAGUCGUCGGUCUCAUUGCUCUCCGAAAAUCAUGGGUUCCCAUUAUCACUUUUGAUGUAGUGCAGUGUGGCCGAAACUUGGAGGGAUAUGGUUUAAAGCAUGAACCUACCCCGCCGUAG